AUGAGAAUAAGAUUAGUUCCUACAGUAAUGAGAAUAAGGUUGGUUCCACCAGCAAUGAGAAUAAGAUUAGUUCCUCCAGCAAUGAGAAAAAGAUUAGUUCCUCCAGCAAUGAGAAUAAGAUUAAUUUCCAGCAAUGAGAAUAAGAUUAAUUCCACCAGCAAUGUGUACAAGAUUAGUUCCUCCAGCAAUGAGAAUAAGAUUAGUUCUUCCACCAAUGAGAAUAAGAUUAGUUUCAUCAGCAAUGAGAUUAAGAUUAGUUCUUCCAGCAAUGAGAAUAAGAUUAACAUUAGUUUCUCCAGCAAUGAGAAUAAGAUAAAGAUUAGUUCCUCCAGCAAUGAGAAUAAGAUUAGUUCUUCUAGCAAUAAGAAUAAGAUUAAGAUUAGUUCCUCCAGCAAUGAGAAUAAGAUUAGUUCCUCCAGCAAUAAGAAUAAGAUUAACAUUAGUUUCUCCAGCAAUGAGAAUAAGAUAAAGAUUAGUUCCUCCAGCAAUGAGAAUAAGAUUAAUUCAUCCUGUAAUGAGAAUAUAGUUCCUCCAGCAAUAAGAAUAAGAUUAAGAUUAGUUCCUUCAGCAAUGAGAAUAAGAUUAGUUCCUCCAGCAAUAAGAAUAAGAUUAAUUCCUCCACCAAUGAGAAUAUAG